AUGACGGACUCGGCAUCGCCUGCGAAGCCCGUCCAUACCAUCGUCCUGGACGCCGGUCCCAUCUUGAAGAAUACCCCGCCGCUAUCCACGCUGCUCGCACAAUGCGAAGAACUCCUCAUCACCCCCUCCGUCGUGAGCGAAAUCCGUGACCCUGACGCCCGCCAGCGCGUGGAGACACUAUACCUUCCCUUCUUGAAGCAGCGCACACCAUCCCCGAAAAGCGUCAGCGUCUUGAGCGAAUUUGCACGCAAGACUGGUGAUCGGGCUGUCCUGAGUAAAACAGAUAUUGAGGUACUGGCGCUUGCAUACGAGGUGGAAUGCGAGCGCAAUGGUGGCGACUGGAGACUGAGAAGCGUUCCGGGGCAGAAACAGGUGAACGGGAAGCCUCCGGUGAAGGAGGAGAAGGCCGAAGAGAAGGGAGAGGAGGCUAAAGCCGAAGAGGCCAAGGAAGAUCUGAAGAACGCAAACCUGGAAGACAAGGAGACCAGCACACAGGAGACCGAAGUGCAAAAUGCCCCCGCAGAGGUCGAGGCGGAGGAAUCAACUCCUCAGGACGCCGAUGCCCAAGAGGAGGAAGAUGAUGGCGAUGAUUCGGAUGGUGGUUGGAUCACUCCCUCCAACUUGAAGAAGCGACAGGCCCGCGAUGAGGCUAGCUCUGCGGCUGCGGCGCCAGAGCCCAAGGUGAUGCAGGUUGCCACCAUGACUACCGAUUUUGCGUGCCAAAACGUGCUGCUGCAGAUGAACUUGAACUUGCUCUCCACUUCCACUCUGCAGCGAAUCCGCCAUCUGAAGUCUUUCAUCAAGCGCUGCCAUGCCUGUUUCUUCACCACCAAGGACAUGAACAAGCAAUUUUGUCCCCGCUGCGGCAAGGACACGCUCACUCGUGUCUCCUGCACGACAGACGCGAAUGGACAGUUCAAGAUGCACCUGAAAAAGAACAUGCAGUGGAACAACCGCGGCAAUCGUUUCAGUGUUCCUAAGCCCGUACACGGCACCUCCAAUGGAAAGUGGAAGGGAGGUGGUGGUAAGGGUGGCUGGGGAACGGAAUUGAUCCUGGCGGAAGACCAGAAGGAGUAUGUUCGAGCCACCGCAGAGCAGAGCCGCAGAAUGCGCAAGGAGCACGACCUCAUGGAUGAGGACUACCUCCCGAGCAUCCUGACCGGAGAGCGGAACAAUCACGGUCGAAUUCGUGUGGGAGCUGGCAGAAAUGUCAACUCGAGGAAGCGGUAA